CUGGUUCUUCUUUGGGAGAAACACAGCUCUGGGUGGAGGAGAAUGUUAUUGAAAACAGUCGCCUUGUCCGAGUUUAGACCAGUAACAAUGAUAUGUGGAAACUCAUGUACAGUACAGUACAGUGCCUACAGAAGACUUGUAUCUUCGUUCCAUGAAUUGAUAAGGUCUCCACUCCAAGCUCAUCAAAUGGUUCUUCGCUAUCGCUAGCGCCGGAGCCGUGGAUCUAUUUUGUCUCUCGCUAUUACAUUUCAGAUGUUAUCGACAUACAUAACUCUCGCUACGUUAGAUGAACUCGAAAAUUGGAGGUGGAGAUGGAAACGUCCAAUAGGACGAUGUACAUUCGCUUGAGGAAGGAGUCAGAGGAUAAAGGCGAGCACGCCCUUAUCGUCACUACCACAUUCACGUCGCUGGCAGCAUCAUUGGUAGCCGCUCAUUUUUAUACAUGGGGUCUGUUGGUUAAAAAGAUCGGUUCUGAUGACUGGACGUGCCUAGUAUCGUAUCUCUGAUACUCCCCAUUGUAUUCAUGGGACUGCUCAUUGGUGGUAUGGUAUGCCACCGAAAACUCCUUGAACGUGGCACAUUUCCGUUCAUCCCCGGCGAAGGAGACUUUGGAUAUUGGAAGGAAAACGCUAACGAACAAGUAGAACGGAAAUCCGCACCUGGUGGUAUGCAUAGUGCUAGUCUCUUCUGCAACAAAGCCUCGAUCAGCCUGCAGUACCACAGAAGCUUCCCGGGGAGUCGAAUACGUAUAGCAUGCUAUGGCGCCCUCGCUUUCUUAACACUAUACGGCCUCUGGGUGGUUAUCGGGUCGUUUCUCAUCUGCGUCCCCAGUGAAACCUGCAUGAGUCGGGAUGCACUCUGGCUCUCCACUGCAAUUGUGCACAUCGUCACGGAUAUCAUUCUGCUUGCGAUCCCCAUGCCGAUUCCCAUCAGGCUGAAUCUUCAUAAAAGGAAGAGAAUCGGCCUCGUAUUGGUUUCGCUCUUGGAGGAUCAAAGCAAUGACGCGGCGGCCUCCUGGUCAGCUGUCAAAUGCGAUGUCGCGAGAAUAUGUUGCUCUCUUCCCACCCUACGGACGCUUAUAACCCGAAUGUUCCCAAACAUAUUUUCGAAGAGCAACCGUGCUUAUGGAGGCGGCUCCAAAGGGAAUUCCUGGUGUUUACCAAGAUGGUUCGGGUCCCAGGGGUCUCGAGGAGCAAUCGACCAGGAACAUGAUAUGCAACCUUCCCAGAAAAAGCCGAGGGAUGUAGAGGAUUGUGGAGAUUCAGGCAGGGGUGCGGAUGGGGUCAGAGCAAUCGAAUCGAUUUCACAGCGGCCCCUGUAUAUGACAUAG